ACAUCCCCAGCCGAGGAUUUGCCCCUUCGUUGUCCACUAACCCUGAUAAGAUCAUUGACCUAACUCAGGGGCUGUCUGAAUCCGUUGAGAAAGUUCAUAGGUGGAGCGACUUCCAUUCAGGUGUCCUGGAUCUUCUACUCUUCCCCCCUGCUCAAACAAGCUCCAGUCGCUCUCCGAUACCUACAGCCGCUACCACCAGGCUCGCGCGUGACGGACAACAGGACACUGUGGAACUGGACAUUGCUAUUAACGGUACCGACCAACACCCCGCCACGAUAGAUUUAACGAAAGACGAUGACGAGUAUCAUUGCUAUGGCCAACCAAUUGUGGUGGAACCAGAUCAUCCUGCAAUUCCGAAGGACCACCGAGAACCCCCUUCCAACCACCUUCGACCUGAUUGAUAACUUCCGCCUGCCUCUUGAAUUGCAAGAUCGCCUUCGCCGUGUUAUAAACACCGAUAGUUUCUCUCUCAUCGCUGUUACUAUGCAAGGUUUUAUUAACAGCAUUCAUAAAAUAGAUUCAUCCAGGCAUUACCAGAGCCUGUGGUCGCCGAGUAUCCCCACGCAAGAGCAUGUUGACGAUGCGUGCCUUCUUCACUCAGGCCACGACACCAUCACAAUCGUUCUCGCCCACGCAAGGGAGGAUGCACAACUCACAUUCCUAUCACUUAAAGGCAAUCAGGUUUCCAAUGAGAAUACCCUCCCUCGGAACUGGAACAAGGCGAAGAAGGGUGGUGUUAGUGCUCUGACCGCGAUGAUGCAACCUUUGAAAUUUGCAAGUGGAGGUUACGACCACAAAAUACACCUCUGGUCUAUGAAAGACGAUCUCUCUCAUGCGUCGUCUAUGCCACUGGCCGUUAAGCACACAUCCGUGAUUCACUCCUUACUGCCAAUCCGUGACACAAGCCAUAAACUCGUAUCCGCUGGAGCAGAUCGCAAUGUUCAUUUAUGGGACUUAUGUUCUGAACGCGUAGCUCAUACGUUGAGGACAUCCAACAUCCCGUACAACAUACAUCGAACGGAAUCGCCUUUCUGCACAUUACUCGAGGUUGCCCAUUUAGAUCUGCAAUAUGAAGUUCACGAUCACCGCAUGAUACCCAGACGUCCUGCGCAGAGGUUUGGAUUCACCACGCAAGCACCUCCGGGGCGAUACAUGAAAGGAGAUACCUGGACGCAUUUCUUCGUCUCUGGAGAUCGCAUUGGCCGGGUGAGGGUUUGGGAUCUGCGCAAUGUUUCCAAAGAACCGUACCUCUGUCAAUGUUUCGAGAAUGAGGUCAUUCAAGUGGUAAAGACGGAUAGUCACAUUCUAGCCUGCUCGAAGAGAAGUGAAUACAGAUUAAUCAGUAUCCAUGGUGGUUAGGUCGUUGCCCGAAUCCUCUGUGGGCGGAUUUGGAGGCUCAACUUAUUUCAGUAUUGCUGUGUAUUUGGACCAGUCAUGACAUGCAAUGGUGUUCAAGUGUGUAGCGGCCUACAUGUAUAUCAAUCCU